CUUAACAAUCCGAUUACAAGCUUCCAACAGAAAGAAAAAAUGUCGCCGAAAACGACAAUCGUAUUGCUUCUUCAGGGGCUCUCUCUGUUCUCACUCGUCCUAGCUUCGGACCCCGACCCGGUCCAAGACUUCUGCAUCCCCAACCCGCCUCCCACAUCUCCAACCACACCCAAACACGUCACCGCAGCAACAACAAUUCACCCUUGCAAGGACGCGGCGGAGGCCACCGCCGGCGACUUCGUGUUCUCCGGUAUGAAAACCCCCGGCAACUUCUCCGAAACAGGGUUCGCAUCCAUACCCGUCAACCCGACCACCUUCCCGGGUCUCAACACCAUGGGGAUGUCCUUCGUCCGGGCCGAUUUCAAACCCGGGGCGAUCAACCCGCCCCAUUUCCACCCGCGAGCCACCGAGAUCGCCCACGUCGUUGAAGGCAGGCUCUACGCCGGCUUCGUGGAUUCCAACAACAAGGUGUUCGCCAGGGUGCUGGAGAAGGGCGAAGUGAUGGUGUUCCCCAGGGGUUUGAUGCAUUUUCAGAUGAACGUCGGCGAAGUCCCCGCCACGAUUUUCGGGAGCUUCAAUAGUCAGAAUCCGGGGAGCCAGCGGAUUCCGGCGGCCGUGUUCGGGUCCGGGAUUGACAAUUCGCUGCUGGAGAAGGCUUUUGGGUUGAGUAGCAAGGAGAUUGUUAUGAUGAGAAGGAAGUUCGAUCCUAAAGCUACUGUCAAGCCUUAGUUAAGAGAAAAAAGGAGAUAAUUUUUUACCGAGCUAGCAUGAUGAUGCUGUCUUUAUUCGGUUAACAAUUUUUUCCCCCAGAAUUAUGUACCAUUUUCGUCGUCUCGUUGGUUGUACUCUGUAGUUUCGAUGUGUUAAAGAAAAGGCAUCAUCUUCAUGCCCUGUUCUGUGGUUUUGAGUAUUGCAUAAUAUUAACCAACAGACUUCUAGCUAGUCUAAUACUUACAGCUGUAAGUUUGGAUAUUUGAGUACUUUGAAUUCGUGUAGAAAGUAGAAACCCUUUUCCUCUCUCAUUUAGGCGCAGUAGCCACGAUGUAGAGGGUGGAUUUGGAAGUGGUGUUAGGUAGAGUUAUAUGAUUGGUUUUGGUAUUGGGAGUGGGUGUGGGGGUUUCGUUUCAUUUCAUUAUUUGGAAGGUGUCUUUUGAAAUCACUUCAUACCAACGCUGUCAACCCGUGGGUUGACCCGAAUCUGGUUCAGCUAGUGGGUCAAGGGUUAAUGGGUCACCCGUUUUAGCCCGGAAAUAUGAAAAGCGUCAUUAUAUUGUAUUUAUCCUGAUAAAUUAUAUCAAAUUUC